UGUGCAACCCUGUCCAUAUUCUCUGACCACCCCAAGAAAAACUAGAAAGAAACCAACACCAACUAAACAACAAACGAAAAGAAAGGAGAAAACCCACUGAUAAGACUUCGAAAGUUUCCCCUUUUCUCGUACCACGCAAUAUAUAGUAUACACAUUAUUGUCUCGCUAGUCGCUACUGAGGGAAAAGCAGCCUGCGAUGGAGGAGAGGCCGGAAACGGAGCUAAUUUCAAUCCCGGCGACGCCACGCGCGUCGACGCCGGAGAUUUUGACUCCGUCCGGGCAGAGGUCGCCGAGGAAGGAGGCCAAGUCAUGGACGCCCUCUUCGUUCAUAUCGCCACGGUUUAUUAGCCCCAUUGGUACGCCGAUGAAGAGGGCAUUGAUUAACAUGAAGGGUUACUUGGAGGAGGUGGGGCACUUGACUAAGCUCAACCCACAAGACGCGUGGCUUCCCAUCACUGAAUCCCGCAAUGGCAAUGCUUACUAUGCUGCUUUCCAUAACCUCAAUGCUGGUGUGGGGUUCCAAGCUUUGGUCUUGCCUGUUGCUUUCUCUUUUCUUGGAUGGAGCUGGGGCAUAAUUUCUUUAACCAUAGCCUACGUCUGGCAGCUAUACACACUCUGGAUUCUGGUUCAGCUUCAUGAAGCUGUUCCUGGGAAGCGAUAUAAUAGAUAUGUAGAACUUUCACAGGCAGCUUUUGGGGAAAAAUUAGGCGUUUGGCUUGCUGUCUUCCCCACUGUUUAUCUGUCAGCUGGAACUGCAACAGCGUUGAUUCUCAUAGGAGGGGAAACCAUGAAGUUGUUCUUUCAGAUUGUUUGUGGUUCGGUUUGUUCUUCAAAUCCUUUGACCAGUAUCGAAUGGUAUCUGGUGUUCACCUCUCUCUGCAUAGUUCUAUCCCAGCUACCAAACCUCAAUUCGAUUGCGGGGCUGUCACUUGUAGGAGCAGUGACCGCCAUCAUAUACUCUACCAUGGCGUGGGUCCUCUCUGUCAGCAAACCAAGACCCCCGUCAAUCUCCUAUGACCCCAUUUCCUUGCCUUCCUUCACAGCUUCGGCCUUUACAGUCUUGAAUGCUCUUGGCAUUGUAGCAUUUGCAUUUAGAGGUCACAACUUGGCUCUGGAAAUUCAGUCAACAAUGCCAUCAACGUUCAAACACCCAGCUCACGUGCCAAUGUGGAAGGGAGCCAAGGUUGCGUAUUCCUUAAUUGCCAUGAGUUUGUUCCCAAUUGCCAUUGGCGGUUUCUGGGCUUAUGGAAACCUUAUGCCUCCAGAGGGAAUUCUCAGUGCCUUAUUCGAAUUCCACAUUCACGAUAUCCCGAGAGGCCUUCUUGCAAUGACAUUCCUCUUGGUCGUGUUCAACUGCCUGAGUAGCUUCCAGAUAUACUCAAUGCCAGUUUUCGACAGCUUUGAAGCAAGCUACACCAGCCGCACAAACCGCCCCUGCUCAGUCUGGGUUCGCUCUGGUUUCCGAGUGUUCUAUGGGUUCUUCUCGUUCUUCAUCGGAGUUGCACUCCCGUUCCUGUCAAGCCUCACCGGGUUGCUAGGAGGGCUCACUCUCCCCGUCACAUUUGCCUACCCGUGCUUCAUGUGGGUGCUCAUAAAGAAGCCAACCAAGUACAGCUUCAACUGGUAUUUCAACUGGAUUCUUGGCUGGUUAGGCGUGGCUCUAAGCGUGACACUCUCCAUUGGAGGUAUUUGGAGCAUGGUGAACAGCGGGCUAAAGCUGAAGUUCUUCAACCCUCCCGGCUGAAACUACGACUAUAGAUGCUGUUGGAAUGUACAUGUUGUCAUGUUGAUCUGGGGAGGUAUGGUAAAAUGCAUAUGAAAGGCAGGUUUUACUCAGUGCACAUUCUCAUGGGAAAAAAAAUGCAGCUUAAAAAAAUGCAGACGGAAAGAGACAGCAUGGGUGGAGGCUGCAUUGUAUCUGUUUGCUUUUGCAAUAAUGCAUAAUUUUGAUCUGAUCAUGAUGUCUAUUUAGCUACCAAAAUCGUGUUGAUUCUUAUGCUUUUCCCAUGAAAUGAAAUGCUGUUCCAAGUUGAAGAACAAUUUGGCUUUAGAUAUGGUUCGUAUACAA